CGCAACCGGUGUAACGUACAUUAAUAAAAAAUAUCCUCCCGCCUUUUUUUUUUUGCACGCAURACAGAAGCUGGCAUUACCCGUUCUGUGUGUACAUCCGCGAAUGUACAUAGAUAGAUAGAGGGAGGGCAAGCAACCCUGCUGAAUCUGUGCAGCUCUGAUUGCACGAACGCAAGAAGGAGGUCGCUCUCGCUCUCUUUAGACGGAGGUAAGCCAGCGAAGCGACCGCAAAAUGUCGCUGUUUUAGUGGAUUUUCAGCACCUACAGGACUGACAUCCAGGACAGCUGCCGGGGGAAGCGCACACGGGUCUCCGGAAGCCGGUGGCCGAAGCUACGUUAAAUGGCGCUUCGAGCGAGACGUGGAGGUGCUGACAGGUGAGCGGUCUCCAGCUCACCUUCGCUUGUUCUGGACCCGACAGACCUUGAAGAACUGACGCUGAGAUUUUGUAAUCAGAUUUUGUUUCCCAGCUAUAUGGAACAAACUUUGGGACAGUUUUAAUGUCUUACCAACUGGUUGUCCUUCUCCGGACAGAAUGGAUGCUCUCUUUGAAUCAGGUUGAUCGWCUCUCACCUCGUCCCCUCCUUCCUAUCUCCUCAGCAGGAGGGUGGGGGAUUGGCCCCCUGCCCCUCCUUGCAGGCUAGGCUAGUCUUCUUUUUGCAACAUAGUCUUUUCUCUUUUACAUURCCUUGURCUCACACCUGAUCCAGCCCCGUCAUCACUUCUUCAUGAAAUCCUGCCAGAGCCUAAAGGAGGAGGUUUCCAUCCCCAGCCUGGGCGGGAUGUCACAGGAGGAGGCACGUAGGACGCCCGUGUCCCAGAACUAUUAUCACUCUAAUAACCCGGAUUUGGACCUGACGGGAAAGGUUCACAGGAGGGAGGUGAGUGGAAAGCCUUAUUCUGUGUUGGUAGACAACAAGAUGUCCUCCAAGACGGCCGGGACGGAUCAGAACAUGGGUCAGGUGCCGCCUCAGCAUGUGACUUCACAGCAGCAUCAGCAGUACUUCCGAGAGGGAGCGCAGGAGGCGGGGUCGCAGGAGUCCGAAACGGGAAACCAGGAAUCCUCUGAUGACACUGAGGUGGAUGAAGAUGAUGAGGAAGAAGAGGAUGAGGAGGAAGAGGGUGAAGAGGGCUACAAACGUGAGCAGAUCAUCGUCGAGGUGAAUCUGAACAACCAGACGCUUCACGUAUCCAAGGGCGACAACAAAACUGGAACCGCAGCAGACGACUCGGAAAGAGGAGGAAGUGAUGAGGAUGAGGAUGAUGAGGAGGAAGAAGAAGAGGAGGAUGAAGAGGARGAGAGUCAUGAUGAGGAAGAAGAGGAAGACGAAGAGGACGAAGCAAUGGAGAGUCAAACGRCGCGGUCGAGAAGAACCAGACAAAGUUCUUCGUCAGCCAGUCCGCCAAAGAGGAAAAGCCUCCGAACGGCUCUGAGCGCCGCCACGGCYGGAAUGACCACCAGGGGGCGGCGGAGGCGCAUGGAGCCUCCAAAAAGCAAGCGCAGGUCGGGGAGGUCAGCCCCGUCCUCCGCAGGUACAGAGAGGAYGGGCGAGAAGGCGGAGAUGGAGGAGGAGAAGGAGAUGCUGGCGUGUGAGAAGUGUCCCCGGGUGUUCAACACCCGCUGGUACCUGGAGAAGCACAUGAACGUCACACACAGGCGGAUGCAGAUCUGCGAUAAAUGCGGCAAGAAAAACCUCAACUCUUUAUUCCAUCCUAAUAAAUAUGUCUGCUCUGGUUUUCCACAGUGCGUCUCCUGCAACAAGUCUUUUAAGAAGYUGUGGUCGCUGCAUGAGCACAUUAAGAUUGUUCACGGCUAUGCAGAGAAGAAGUUCUCGUGUGAAAUCUGUGAGAAGAAGUUCUACACAAUGGCCCACGUCAGGAAGCACAUGGUUGCUCACACUAAGGACAUGCCUUUCACCUGUGAGACGUGUGGGAAGUCGUUUAAACGCAGCAUGUCUUUAAAAGUUCACUCUCUGCAGCACUCUGGGGAGAAACCUUUCCGCUGUGAGGUAAGAUGCUGUUUUAAUGUUGCCACUCCGAUUAAUCAUCCURUUUGUCUUUCAGGGGAGAAGCCUUUCAUUUGUGAGAUCUGCGGGAAGAGCUUCACCAGCCGGCCCAACAUGAAGCGCCACCGGCGCACGCACACGGGCGAGAAGCCGUACCCCUGCGAGGUCUGYGGCCAGCGCUUCCGCUUCUCCAACAUGCUCAAAGCUCACAAGGAGAAGUGCUUCCGGGUCACCAGCCCCGUGGUCCUGCAGACUAGCGGCUCCUCUGUGCCUGUCCGCCUCUUCGCCAACGCCUUCUCCUCACCGGCCUCCUCCUCUUCCUCUCCCACCACCGUCCCCGGGCCCUCGGCGGCGACCCCCGCCACCACCUCAGCCUCUCUGGGCCUCGCCCCGACCGGAGUGCCCGUUCCACAGCAGGGCCCCGUCGGACACACGUUCUCCCAUGUGCAGCUCCAUUCUGCGCCCUCCCAUCAUCAUCUCUCCAACACGCCGCAGCAGGCCAAUCCUCACAGCCACCAUCACCUGGUGGUCCCUCCUGUCGCCCACCUCCCACCUCCUCCUGCUCUUUUCAAGAGCGAGCCGCUUAACCACUGUGGGCAUGAAGACAGCAGCUACCUGCACCACAUGGCCCCCCUUGACAAGGGUCCCGGAGCGCCACAGCACCACUGAACCUGUGCAGCACCAAACCACACCUUGUUUGUCUUCUUAAAGCUCCGCCUCAGUUUCUCAUUCGCAGGAACUGGAAGCCGGGUCUGCAGAGAGGAGUUUGUUGCAGACAGCAGGAUGAGAUGAAAUGGGAGCAUACAUGUUCCAUCAGACAAUGGAGGUUUCCUGCGUAGACGUGGCUCRACUAGAAUUAAUCUAAACUCAUGAACAUUAAGGAUUGAAACUGUUGCACCAUCCGUGCACACGUUAAGUGAGACAUCACUUUAAAAAACUGUUCAACCGGGCAAAGGUUUUACAGUCGCUAGGAAUUAUUCUUCAGAAAACGACUCUGUGUGAACAUCUCUCUCCACAUUUAAUGGGUGGAAACUGGUUGUCAUCACAAAUAAAAGCUGCUGAUGGAACUCAAAAUCCAUAAUACCUAGA